ACGAAAACGGAAUGCCGCAUUGAGUAUAAAUUGAACAGGAGCACUAGACACAGUGGAUAGAAGAAGAUCGAAAACGGAAACGCGUUGACUUAUUCGAAAAUGUUGACUAAUACUCUUCAUCUAUUAUUAUUGAUAGUGGCGACUUUGUGGACGGCAAAUGGCAAACCAGCAGAGCCAAGUGAAUCGGUUAUUUCCGGCCGGGAAUCACGACAGCUGUUCAUGCUUCCUUAUCAUGGACAAUGGGUCGAACCGCCCCAGCAUCACAGCAGUUUACAGCACGAUUACUAUUAUGACGGUUUGAUGAAUACCAUGGGUCCAGCCACCCAGCAGCGAUUGAUGGAAGCCUUGCUGGCUGUCUCUCAGAGGAAACACCCUAUGCUUCAGGAAUCUGGUUUCGACCCACAUUUGAACCAAUUCAUGAGCCCUGCUCCUUCCUAUUCCAAGAAUCAAGACGGGAAUGCAGGGCAUUCGGCAACUCAACAACACGAAUUCAUCCAACUACAACCACGCCCCGAUAUCCAAGCUUUUGUCAAUCAAACAAUUCAAACGGUCAUUCAAGCUGUUGUCCAAGCCAUUCUUGCUCAGAUGAUGGGUUAGUGGGUGCCAUCAUGAUUACCUGAAUU